CUCAGGGCGGCAAUUGCCGGUCUGCUGUGUCCCUCGGACACAGCGGAUCACGGAAAGAGCCGAAGAUGUCGGCUCGGUCAUGUGAUCAGCUGUGUCCAAUCACAGCUGAUCACAUGGGACAUGUACACUGAUCAUCAGGGCACUGAUGAUCAGUGUGCCCUGAUGAUCAGGGUGGCCCCAGAAGUGCCACCUGUCAGUGCUCAUCAGUGCCACGUGCCAGUGCCCAUCAGUGCCACGUGCCAGUGCCCAUCAGUGCCACAUCAAUGCCACAUAUCAGUGCAUACCAGUGCACAUCAAUGCCACAUAUCAGUGCCCAUCUGAGCUGCCUUUCAAUGUCACCCAUCAGUG